GCCCUUUAAUUACAGAGCCAGUUCCCGGGCGCAUCCACCUUCAGCAGCGAGCAGCAGCAGACCCAGUCGGUGUCAGUCCUCUGCCUCCGGUGCGGCACCGCGGCCAUGGGCGGCUCGGCCUCCAGCCAGCUGGACGAGAGCAAGUGCGCCUACAUCCGAGGAAAAACUGAGGCUUCUAUCAAAAACUUCAGUCCCUACUACAGCCGCCAAUACUCCGUGGCUUUCUGUAAUCAUGUGCGCAGUGAGGUGGAACAGCAAAGAGAUUUAACGUCACAAUUCCUGAAGACCAAGCCCCCAUUGGAACCAGGAACUGUUUUGUAUGAAGCUGAGCUCUCCCAGUUUGCUGAAGACAUCAGGAAAUGGAAGGACAGAUAUGUUGUGGUUAAAAAUGAUUUUGCUGUGGAAAGCUAUGAGAACAAAGAGGCCUAUCAGAGAGGAGCUGUUCCUAAAAGCCGAAUUCUUCCAGCAGGAGGCAAGGUUUUAACCUCAGAAGAGGAAUAUAAUCUCUUAUCUGAUAAGCAUUUCCCAGACCCCAUUGCUUCCAGUGAGAAGAACUCUCAGCCCUUCGUGGUCCUGCCCAAGGCGUUCCCGGUGUACCUGUGGCAGCCUUACCUCAGGCAUGGCUACUUCUGUUUCCACGAGGCCGCCGAGCAGCAGAAGUUCAGCACUCUUGUCAAUGACUGCAUCAGACACCUGAAUCACGAUUACACGAAGCAGACGACGUUUGAAGCCCAGGCCUUUUUACAAGCUGUGCAGUUCUUCCGGCAGGAGAAGGGUCACUAUGGCUCCUGGGAGAUGAUCACUGGGGAUGAAGUCCAGGUCCUGAGUAAGCUGGUGAUGGAGGAGCUCCUGCCGACCCUUCAGACCGACCUGCUGCCCAAGAUGAAGGGGAGGAGGAACGAGAGGAAGAGGGCCUGGUUUGGUCUCCUGGAGGAGGCCUACACUCUGGUUCAGCACCAAGUUUCCGAAGGAUUAAGUGCCUUGAAGGAGGAGUGCCGAGCUCUGACCAAGGGCCUGGAAGGGACCAUCCGCUCAGACAUGGAUCAGAUUGUGAACUCGAAGAACUUUCUAGCCGGGAAGAUCCGAGCAAUGGUGGCUCAGCCAGCUGAGAAGAGCUGUGGGGACAGCGUGCAGCCGUUCCUGGCGUCCAUUCUGGAGGAGCUGAUGGGGCCGGUGAGCUCAGGCUUCAGUGAGGUCCGUGCCCUUUUCGAAAAAGAAGUAGACGAGCUCAGCCAGAGCUUCCACGCCACCCAGGACGGUGUCCAGCUGAAGGAGCGUCUGGACCAGCUGAUGAAGCUUCCUCUGGAUUCUGUGAAGAUGGAGCCUUGUUAUACUAAAGUCACCUUGCUUCCAGAGCGCCUGCUGGAUCUCCAGAGCCGCUUCCGAUUCCCGCACGUUGAUCUGGUGGUCCAGAGGACACAGAACUACAUGCAAGAGCUCAUGGAGAACGCAGUGUUCACCUUUGGGCAGCUGCUCUCCCCACAUCUCCAAGGAGAGGCUUCCAGAACAGCAGCUGCCAUCGAGAAGGUUAAGCUCCGUGUCUUAAAGCAAUAUGACUACGACAGCAGCACCAUCCGGAAGAAGAUCUUCCAGGAGGCAUUGAUUCAAAUCACACUGCCCACCGUGCAGAAGGCGCUGGCGUCCACAUGCAAACCAGAGCUUCAGAAAUAUGAGCAGUUCAUCUUCGCAGAUCAUACCAACAUGAUCCAUGUCGAGAAUGUCUAUGAAGAGAUUUUGUAUCAGAUCCUCCUUGACGAAACCCUGAAAGUGAUAACGGAGGCAGCUAUCUUGAAGAAACACAACUUAUUUGAAGACAACAUGGCCUUGCCCAGUGAAAGUGUAUCCAGCCUGACAGAUCUCAAAACCCCCAUGGGGUCAAAUCAAGCUAGCCCAGCCAGAAGAGUGUCUGCCAUUCUACCAGGAGCUCCAGAUAAUGAAGUGUUCCAGGAGCCAGAGGAAAAGAGGCAGCAGCCUGGGGUGCUGGGCUCAUUGGCCAGAGAAGAAAGUAUUCCCAUCCCCGAGUCCAGUCCUCCUUCCAGUGGGGAUGGGCAGGUGACUGUGUCCAGUAUGGAUCACGCCGCUGGGAGUCCUCUCACUGCAGAGGACACAGCAGGACCCCUCGGCUCACGCUUGUCGGAGGUGGAAGGUGGGGAGACCCUUAAAGAUGAAGAACCGACCUGUGAGAAGCCAGAGUCUGUCACCAUCCCAGGGUCCUUGAAGGAGCUGAAAGAGUUGCUGACUGUGACGGUGUCCGUGGAGUCUGCCCCAGGGACUGAAAACGAUACACACAAGGGGACACCUGUUCCCCAAGAAAACGAAAAAGAAGAAGAAAACAAGAUCUACCCAGAAGCCAGCCAGCCAGCUGCCAGCCGGCAGGACAACUGUGAAGAAAGUGAGGUCGGAGAGAGGGGGGUUCCUCCUACCCCUUUGGAAGUGGAGGUUCCUGGAGUAGAUGUAGGGGCAUUGCCAGAGGCUAGCAGCCCUACCUCUCCGUCCACUGGUGGGGGGCUCACGGAGGACACCAGCUGUCUCGGUCCCUCAGGGGAGCCAUCUGCGGCUCCCGAGCCCACUGGGAAGGUACCCCCAGCCAUGGUUUCCCCAGAGGCCACCACCCAUGCAGGAGGUGAGGCCGGGCAUGCUGUGGGGGUCACACUGCAGGAAGAGGCCACGCUAAGUUCUAAUCCCAUCUGUUCUACGGAGAGGAAUGAGGUGCCCCAGGCUUCUGAGGAUCAAGAGGUGCUGGGAGGGAAGGAUAGCCCAGUCCUUGCUAUGGCUACAGAGCAAGUCAAUGCUACCCAGGUGCAUGGGUGUCAGUGGGUGGUAGAGGAUGCGCCAGGCACUGACAGCCCAGAUGUGCAUGAUCAUGCUGCGAGCUCCCCAGAACAGCCCUCUGAGGAGUGCUAGAAACAAUUUGACUGUAGUUUUUCUUUGAAAACUAUCAGUCAAAGGGGUUUCGUUAUGGGUAUCUGUAGGGGAGUGCAUGUGGGUUGCUAUAGAAAUUUUGAAGUAUUUUCUUAAUUUGAAUGAUAACGCCAAAGGGAAUGUAUGCAGGGUGUGAACACUGAGGCCAGCUUUGGGGAGCUGACCUGCUCCCUGUGAAUGAUUCCAUUAGCAUCUUAAUAGAAAUGAUAAGAGAACCGGAAUGUGGGGUGAAAAGCAGUUAAAGGGGCUCCAGAGAGGGAGAAGUCCUGCAGCAGAGACUAAAAGAGCAGGGACUGGCACCCCAAUAUUCUCGUCACUGAAAUGUGGUGCGGAUUUUGUGCUGCACUUGAAGGUAUUUUUAGCGAGAGUGCAAAGGUCUGCAGUGACUCCAGCCUCGCCCCCCCACCCCCACUCUGUCAGCGUCACUGCCUCGUAAGUGGCAUCUGUCCAAGGCCAGGGCACACGAAAGAGGAAGUCAUGAGCACCAGGCACCCCUGCCCUGUGAAGUGCCCCAGAGCCAGUCAUGGCUGGUAGAUCUCAGGCGAGGCGGAGCAAAAAUCCAGGUGGAAGGUCUGUGGAACCAUCUAGAAGCCCUGUUCCUAAUCCUGCUAUCAAUUCCUUGUUGGUUCAUGUUGUUGAUUUGCACUAAUUAAUCACCUUUUCAGGAAAUUCAGAUGGGGCAAGAGAUUGCAUUGGCACAAAUUAGCCUUAGAGUGUGCAAAGUGCUUGGUGACUACAUUUUCUAGCUCAAAACCUGCCAGUCACACAGACAUUAUUUUAACAGCUAGUGUGUGCUCUGUUAGGCACAGGAAGAAAUAGAAGAUCAGGUGUUUUGCUUCAUAUGCAUUAAAGGGCUCCUAAGAAUUUAGUCUAGAAGGAAAGAAUAUUUUUUCCAGUUUUUAAGUUUCAGUGACAGCCUUGACUCCUUCCAUUCACAUGGUCCUGGUUUAGUCUCAGAAGGGAAUGAGAAUGCAUGAAUGAACACAGGAAUGAAUGAAGUCAGACAAGUUUAUGUCAUUACCAAAGAGAUCACCGAAAGUAGAAACGGUUUCAUCAUUCAACAAAUUAAUUCCUUAAGUACCCUGUCAGGUACCAAGCCUGGGGAUACCAUGAAGAAAAGACCCCCGCUCCUCCUUUCUGAAGGAGCCAGGAAGGAAUUCACCUUGAAAGGAGAUUGUGUAACUGUUAGUAUAAGAGAUGAGUGGACUCAGGUGUAAUCAAAAAGACAUAUCUUAUUGGGUUUCAGAGAAAGCUCAGAUCAUUCCCUGAAAGUUGCAGUCCCAGGCAGUGGGCCCGAAGCUUCCUUUCACAUUUUAACAUCAGAACCUCACACUUUGUCUUCCGAGUUUGUUUUGACUCAGCACCGUCAAGAAUAACUUCCUUCAGAGAAGUUAUCCCACACUUCAGCCAUUUAAGCAGGAAUGGAGCUUUUUUCCCUCCCCACCUCUCCCACAAAGAAUUUCUGUGAUUUCUAAGUCAUCAAGGAUGAGUAAUAAUCACAUCAGCAUGGUCUCAUAUUGAAUCAUUGCUCCUUUCCUUAGAACAUUUGUAUCCUCGGUGUCCAUGAGAUAUCCCACCAUUAAGUAAGGAAGCUAUGGCCAAUCUCCCAUGGUCCCUGCUUACCUUAUACCUGGUCUUCAGCAUGCUGUACCAAAAUUGUGUUUACUUCCUGUCUCUUCCACAACCUCCUUUCUUCAAGGACUGAAACUAGGGAUUACUCAUCAUUUGUUCUUUCCGCUGGAAACCCACAGCCUUGAAUAAUGGCUUCCUGCAUGCCGAGUAACUUGAACAUCCCAGGGCCUAGCACAAGUACUGAGAAGCUUUGUGCUGCUCCAAAGAGGUGGGAACUGAACACCUGGCACACUGCUGUGCAGGGCCUAUUUGGAGCUUGCUUUUAGACAGGGAGAGGUUUUUAAUUAACUUUCUGACCAUGUUGAAUCUCCCCAUACAGUCCAAUGCUGAAGGGGCAGAUGGCCAAAUGGCCCGCAGCUCUGCCCAGUAAGGCAGGGAGCCAAGAGAACAGUGUCUAGCUCCACAAACAUUGCCCUUCUUUCUUGGGAGAGCCAUGGCUAUCACAGAGUCCCAUUUCAUGCCAACCCCACUCCAGAACCUUCCAUCUGCCCCGCUUUUGCUCACCCCAUGAGAAGCUAAGUGUAAAUGAGAGUUCAUGUCGCUGAAUUAGCUGGAUGAGAAGUAGGGCCAAUCAGGAAGGCCAGAGAGGCAUAGGCACUAAGUAGCAAGACAUUCUAGAAAACGCCACGAACCCUUUCUGGACAUGUUUCACACGGCCAAGUUCUCCAAAAUAGGCAAGGCAGCUGUUACACUGGAGGAUAGAUGAGGAACCUGCAGCCCAUUGAAAAAGUCUGCAUGUGUGGUAACAUGUCGAAAGAGUGUCUUGCUUUAAAUUAAUUUGUGUGUGGCCUAGUGUUUCCACAGGGGAGCAAGGUGCUGGUAAUCUGAAUGGGCAAUUUCUGCCUUUGCAAAGCUGUUACAGACUCCUAGUUCUUGGCCAAAACACCAGGACUUUAAUCCAGUGAUGCUACUUACUGACCUUUCACUAAGAGAUUUUCCUUGAAAAAAAAAAUGACUUGUCAGUUUGUCCUGUGUAACUUGGCACAGUGUAUGGAAUUAUGCAGUAACCACACACAUACACACACACACACACACACACACACACACACACACACACACACACACCCCACUACAAAGUCAGGUUCCGGUCGUUGUUUUCAAAGAGGUUGAGUGUGAAGAAUGGCAGGUCAUUAGGUUUGUCCUUCUGUAGAUUUUAUUAUACAGAUCCUCAGGUUUGCCCUUGUAAUUCUUCAGAUUAAAGCCAAUGGCUUCAGAGGAUUUUACAGUUCUCCCAGACAAAAGUGAUUUGAUUUGUUAUUUUUGUAAAGUGUGACCUGAGGGUAAGGUUUCAGAGAGAGUACUUGCUUAGCAGGCUGGAGGUCCCACUUUAACCCAAAAGUGGGAGUGGCAGGGGAGCUAUGUGACAUGUGCUAAAUAGUCAUUAGUCAUUUCAGUAUGGGGGAAGAAAUGACAUUAUUAACUUUGUCUUAAACCAUAAUAUAGUUUCACUCUGUGAGAAUGCUGGUGCCAUGUGCCUUCUUUACCAUAAACGUACGCGACUAGGGAUUUGCUUUCUCAAGUCUGGGACUUUGUGAAAAAGAAUUCUACACUGUGGUUUUAUUUUUGCAUUCAUUAUAUAAAGCAAGUAAACUAAAAACACUUUGUAACCAUGUAUUUACUCUGCCAAAUGCCUAUAUUCCAAUAAAAUAUUCAUCCCUGAA